AUGUGGAUGAUUCGGAUGCGCCGGACUCGGGCUUGGGUCAUCAGCGCGGCGACGUCGGUUUUGAUCUUCGGCUCGCUUUAUUUAUUCUUCUUUGCGCAUCGGCGCGGUGGGAAUAUCUAUCGUCUGGUUACGGUGCCGAGACCCGUGGAAAGGACGAAUGAGCGUACGUUGGUCAUCGCUAAGACGCAAGAUGCGGACACGAACUGGGUGGAUACACUCCUGCAGGAGGACAAUCUAUUAAACAGCGCGGUGUACACAGUCGACGCGCCGAACACGACUGCCAGUGGUACUACGUUAACCGUGCCGAUGAACAAGGGCCACGAGGUCAUGGUAUAUCUGACAUACAUCAUCGAACAUUACUUCCAGCUCAGCGACGUGACGAUCUUCAUGCACGCGGACCAAAUCUCCUGGCACAACAACGAUCUCAUGAACAUGGACUCGGCGCUGAUGGUUCGUCGUCUACGGAACGACUACGUUUACAAAAACGGAUAUACGAACUUGCGAUGCCAACAUGACCCCGGCUGUCCGGCUCAGAUUCGACCCACUCUCGCAGGUGGGAAGUAUAACCCCGAUGUGCCCGAAGCAGCGGUCAUCGGGGAGUCCUGGAAGACGCUGUUUCCGGAGGAGCGUAUGCCGGCUGUGCUGGCGCAGCCGUGUUGCAGUCAGUUUGCGGUUAGUGCGGAGGUGAUUCGUCGGGUGCCGUUGAUGAACUACGUCGCGUAUCGGAGGUGGUUGAUUGAGACGGAUCUGGAUGAUAAUUUGUCUGGACGGGUGUGGGAGUACUUAUGGCAGUGGAUCUUUACGGGGCAAGCUGAAGUUUGUCCGAAUGAGCAGGUCUGUCAUUGUGAGGGGUAUGGUGUAUGCCUGGGAAGAUCCUGCUUGCGGAGAGAUGGAAUGGAGAUGAGUGGGGCCAUGUCUCAGGCCUCAGUCGUACCUAAUCUAUGCAUGGCGUGGCUUGGGCAACUACGUGUCGAGGCUAAAUGCCGAUAUGCGGGUUUAAAUGAGUUGUAA